UCAGCAACAAAUGAGUGAUCAAAUUAAGAUCCUACAUCUGUAGAUUGACCAUUUACUUACAGAGGCACACCAUGUGCUUUGGGCUUUGUGUAGACCGACACGUCUAGAUAUUUAGCUAUUUUUAAUGCUGGAACAACACUGGAAAAAUGCUGGCUCAGGAAAGCUACAGUAUGUAUAAGGAAUUCUGCUGGUUUUGUGUUUCAACAUCCCAGUAAAAGGGAACUCCUUUGGGAUCGGAAAACCACCACUGUGACCACAUGAACAAGUCCGUUUUCAGCUCUCGCAACACUCGUGAAAGUUAGGUCAGGAUCCCUCUCCUCCACCUUUGCCAUCCUUCAGGAACUGAUUGGAUUUUUUUUUAACUGCAUUCCAGUCUCCGGUCAGUUAAAAAAUGGGAGCUUGCAUUUUUUCUCCUAAUAAAUGAGAGAAACCUCUGAGUGUUGGCACUGUGUGGUACAGUAGACUGGAGAGGCUGCCAGGAAGCUUUCCAUUGGUUAAAAGUAUUUCAGAGCUAUAAUGAGUGUUUUUUUUUUAGAUUGGUUCUAGGCAUCUAAACAAAGUAAACUUCAAUAUUUUCACCCCAGUGCCCUAAAAUACAUCUUAACAGCUUUGAGCUAAAGAUGCAGGAGCGCUUCAGCCACUUCCUGGCUGCGGACAGCGAGGCGGAGAUGGAGGAGUGGGUGAUCACCCUGAAACAGGCCCUGCAGAGCAGCACCGAGGGAGGAGACCGGUAGAAUGGAGGAGACAGCCUAGACUAUGCCCUGGAUGAGGACCGCAGCAGCCAGGGGAAAGGAGAGAGCCUAUUGGAGAGUCUGGGGAUGAGCUUACACCCUGAACUCAUAAAGUAUGCUAGGGAAACAGACCGGCUCAAUAAACUCAACAGGAAUGAAGGGAGACUAAAGCUGUUCUCUCUGGACCCUGAAACACAGAGGUUGGACUUCUCGGGUAUAGAGCCUGACGUGAAGCCGUUUGAGGAGCGUUUCGGCCGACGCAUCGCCGUCAGCUGCCAUGACCUCACCUUCAGCCUGCAGGGCUGUGUCAGCGAGAGGGGGGACGGGGUUCUCACCAAUGUGGAGCCGUUCUUCAUCAGCCUGGCUCUGUUUGAUGUGUCUAAGAGCUGUAAGAUCUCCUCUGACUUCCAUGUGGACCUCAACCCCCCUGUGUGCGAGAGAUGCUGACCGACACCUCCCAACUCUCCCCUACAUCAGAGGGAGGUGGUGGAGGAGGAGGGGUGAAUGGAGGAGUGAACAGUGAUGCAGGGAAUGGCAAUGGUCUGCCCAUUCUACAGAGGGUGUCUGAGUCUCUGCUGCGUUUCCCUACUCAGGGUAUCUUCUCAGUGACCAACCCCCAUGCUGAUAUUUUCCUGGUGGCCAGAGUGGAGAAGGUCCUACAGAAUGGCAUUACACACUGUGCUGUGCCCUACAUCAAGACCUCAGAUAUCAACAAGACAGCCCAGAAGUUUCUGAAUGCUGCCAAGCAGACGUGUCAGCGCCUGGUCCAGUAUAGGAUGCCCUUCGCCUGGGCUGCCAACAGCGAGGUGACACUGACCACAGGCCGAGUUGUUUUCCAUCCCUGUUCAUACCAGCGAGGUGACACUAACCACACGCCGAGGAUAUAGCGUCUGCAGCGAAUGCAUCAGAUGAGUCUGCAGAGAGAAUUGACACCCGCCUCUGUACAGAGAGGCCCAGUGAUGUUCACCUCAGCAGGUCUCACGCAUCACUGAGCUGCUCCUCCCUCCACAGGAAGUGACGCUUUCCUCACUGGCCCUUCAUCUACCUCAGACUCCGAAUAUUAUUCUCCAUAUAAGGCAACUAGCUGCUUUUCAGAAAAGCUGGCUGUGAUCUGUGCAGUGAAGACAUGAAACCCUAAGCGGCGAAUAACAUCAUGACAAACAACAAUGACAGUUUUGCUUAAACUCUAAUUUUUAUUAAGUAAUCAAUGUAAUCCAAUUGUCCAAUGCUGGGUACUUUGUCCUUUACGGCCAACUUAAAGAAUAACCAAAUCACUAAUAAACAGAGAACUAAGCUAAGAGAGGCCAAAAGAGGCAACUACUCUUGUGGCCAUUACACAGUUGUGGUUUGAGUCUAACUCCCUCUCUAACCACCCCUGUACCACUGAACUGUGUGGCCUAACAGAGUGGAAGAGGGCUACAGAGGCCCUGAGGUACAAUGUACAGAAACUACAGAGAUAUUUACUGAUUUACAUUCAAUACAUUUGAUUUAACUACACAUACAAUAAAGGAAGAUUUAAACUUG